AUGUUGACUACAGCCAACAAGCAACUUGAGAAAGACAUGAAAGUCCAGCUCGCGGCAAUAGAGAAAGCACUGCGUGAGCAGAAGUCGGACUCUGUCUUGCAGGAUGUACGAAACAUAUCUCUUGACGUGAAGAAGCUCCGCAACGACAGCAAGAACAACCAAGGCAUUUUGAGGGCGGAAAUCGAGGAUAUCACUCGUCGAAUGAUAAACCUCAAUAACAAAAAUGCGAAAUCCAGUCUGACAUCGAUUGAACUAUUGAACCAAUUGCCUCCCAGUACGAAAAAGGCGGCUGACAAAGAGCUCAAGCCGGCGAAGAAGAGCAAUUCUCCCGAAGUCGCACUGGCGUUUCACGAGCACAGUCACGCACCAGUGGCUCGAAUGAACCCAAACCCCGGGACGACAAAACCGAGUACUCCACAGCAUUCGUUCUUAUUCCGCCCGAGUAGCGCGCAAGGCCGCGAGGAAUACUUCAGCGGUGCAGUAUCGGGACCAAUCUCAGCUUACAAGCGUAAGCUAUCGAGUGACCUUGCAAGUGACGAGCCAAAGAAAAUGGAAUCACAAUCCGUGAUCAAUCGAGGAGCGGACCCGCGUCUAAGGAACGUCUCGCCAUUUGCUGAUGACAAUAUGAAUGAUGAGGACGGUGAAGAUGAUAGUGAGAAGGACGGAAAUGAUGAUGAAGAUGAUAACAAGUCCUUUCUGGGCCGUACUGUCCUAGCCGAUGACCGCACUGACAUCUCAACCAAAGCUGCUCUAUGGUCAAGCUCCCAUGGAAUCUGGGAGUUGGUGACGAGGAAGCAUAUAGCUGCUAUCACAGCUAGACCUAGGGGUGCACCGAUACCAGCGCUGAGAGCUAUAGUUGUUCGAGAUGCUUGGGUGGUGUGGUUUGAAGGUUCUUGGGGUGCCGCUGGUGUCGACGCUGGAGACGGUCCUGAGGCAGUUGUCAGUGGUGGUAAUGAUGUCGGGCUUGUUAGAAUAUUUGGCUCCGAUCUAGUAGAUAGUGUUAUCAAUCUACUAGCAGAGACUGAUAUCUUCGUGGUAAUGAGUAACGUGGUCGUCAAAGUAUCAGUCGUCGCUACGGAGACAACGGACGGGUUCCUCGCGGCCGUCAUUGUUACAGUCUGA